CGGCCGCCGCCCGCCCGCCGCGCGCUCCCCUGAGCGCGGCGCCCGCCGGCCGCCCCAGCAGUCCCCGCCGCGAUGCCCGCCCCCCGGGGCCCCGGCGGCCCGCGCCCCUGCUAGGCUGCGGCGGCAUGGCCCGCGCGCCCGGCGCGACCUCUGCGGAUUGCAUCGGUGUGUGGCGGCGGGGCAUGCCCAGGGCACCGGGCACGGCCUUCAAUGGGCGAGGACACGGACACGCGGAAAAUUAACCACAGCUUCCUGCGGGACCACAGCUAUGUGACUGAAGCCGACAUCAUCUCCACUGUCGAGUUCAACCACACCGGAGAGCUGCUGGCCACAGGCGACAAGGGCGGCCGGGUCGUCAUCUUCCAGCGGGAACCAGAGAGUAAAACUGCGCCUCACAGCCAGGGCGAGUACGACGUCUACAGCACUUUCCAGAGCCACGAGCCGGAGUUCGACUAUCUCAAGAGCCUGGAGAUAGAGGAGAAAAUCAACAAGAUCAAAUGGCUCCCGCAGCAGAACGCCGCGCACUCGCUGCUGUCCACCAACGAUAAAACUAUCAAAUUAUGGAAGAUUACCGAACGAGACAAAAGGCCCGAGGGCUACAACCUGAAGGAUGAGGAGGGGAAGCUGAAGGACCUGUCCACGGUGACGUCACUGCAGGUGCCGGUGCUGAAGCCCAUGGACCUGAUGGUGGAGGUGAGCCCCCGCAGGAUCUUCGCCAACGGCCACACCUACCACAUCAACUCCAUCUCCGUCAACAGCGACUGCGAGACCUACAUGUCGGCGGACGACCUGCGCAUCAACCUCUGGCACCUGGCCAUCACCGACCGGAGCUUCAACAUCGUGGACAUCAAGCCAGCCAACAUGGAGGACCUCACAGAGGUGAUCACGGCGUCGGAGUUCCACCCGCACCACUGCAACCUCUUCGUCUACAGCAGCAGCAAGGGCUCUCUGCGGCUCUGCGACAUGCGGGCCGCUGCCCUGUGCGACAAGCACUCCAAGCUCUUUGAGGAGCCGGAGGACCCCAGUAACCGCUCCUUCUUCUCAGAGAUCAUCUCCUCCGUGUCGGACGUGAAGUUCAGCCACAGCGGCCGGUACAUGCUCACCCGGGACUACCUCACGGUCAAGGUCUGGGACCUGAACAUGGAGGCACGACCCAUAGAGACCUACCAGGUCCACGACUACCUUCGGAGCAAGCUCUGUUCGCUGUAUGAGAACGACUGCAUUUUCGACAAGUUCGAAUGCGCCUGGAAUGGAAGUGACAGCGUCAUCAUGACAGGAGCCUACAACAACUUCUUCCGCAUGUUCGACCGCAACACCAAGCGGGACGUGACCCUGGAGGCCUCUCGGGAGAGCAGCAAGCCCCGGGCCGUGCUCAAGCCCCGGCGCGUGUGUGUGGGCGGCAAGCGCCGGCGCGAUGACAUCAGCGUGGACAGCUUGGACUUCACCAAGAAGAUCCUGCACACAGCCUGGCACCCGGCCGAGAACAUCAUUGCCAUCGCGGCCACCAACAACCUGUACAUCUUCCAGGACAAGGCGAACUCCGACAUGCACUAGGUGUGCAGAGGCGUGUGCCCUUGUCCCCGACGCGGCCGCGCGACCCCGGCGCGAGGAGGGGAGGAAAUCCGAGUGGCGGUAAGGACGGUGGCAGAGGUGGCAGUGUGCGGGCCUGGGAAGCUUGGGCCUGGCCCCGCCAGCUUCUCUGGGCCAGCACUGCCUUUGGCAGUGGCUGUCUAACAAAGAGGAAAGGCAGGGUCCACGGCUGCAAAUCAUAAAAUGGACUGUCGAAUCUUGCAGUUCAGGGUUCCUUCAUUCACGUGCCCUCUGACUCGUCUGCGGCCCCAUAUCCAUGGGAUUUUUACAUGUCCAGGUUAACGUUUCACUCCAGGCCCUUGGGCGGCCGGUCGGGUGGGUGUGGAGCUGCUGGAGCUGCCCCCACGCGCCUCGCUGGUCCCAGGUCAGGGCCCCGUAAGGAAGCUCAGCCAGCCAGGGCUCUUUGGAUUAUACAUGGGGCUGUUUGCCCUGUCUCAGAGCGGAUUUUGUCACCUUUGUUUUUGGAUGGUGAAUUCACGCUGAGAAGUUGCAGCGGCGAUGCAGGCCUCUCGCUCAGGUUUCCGAAUGUCUUUCAGUGUCCCAGGGCCCAGGACUGGUACGGUUUCCUGAGAGGAAAGGGUAGAGAAUGGCUCGGCCAGCGUGGCUGUGGUCCUCACCCGGUUUCACCACCAUUCGCUGAGCCUCUGCCAGGUGCCGGGCAGUGCUCGGCCUGGAGCGGGUUCACCCCACCCGCCGCUCUCUGCAGGAGCUCUCCCGCGGUCCUCAGCGCUCACUGGGCACCUUCCGGAAGCUGACCCCGGCUCCCGUCCACCUCUGUGCAGCCCUCUCACGGCCAUGCGGUGGGCGUCCACUCAUCUCCAUGCACACCAACCGCUCGCUCCUGCCAGGCUCCGGGCCAGUGCCAGGGCAAGAGGCAGACACUCCUUAUCCCCUGCCCACGUGCGGAGACCAAGGCUUUGAGCAGACAGACAAGUUGGUGGGCAGGCACCAGCCGCUCGGCGGAGUCCAGAGCCCUGCCCAGGUCCUCGCACGAGGCUCUUCCCAGUCCAGCACGUUGGUGGCUCAUAUUAAAGCAACAUUAUACGGAGGGUUCUGGAAGCGAAACGCUUCCUCCUCUUGUGAAGUGCAAGGGUCCUGGGAAGCUGGAGAAGACCCACAGGUGGCCCGUCUCCGGCUUGGUGACGUCAGGAGUUCGGCCCUCUCUGGGACUCCUGGCUUCGCCCGAGCCUGCCCCGGUGCUCCUUUCUCAAAUGCACUGAACUGCGCCCGAGAGGAAAUUGCAUGUUAGGGUAUUUUAGGGUAUGUUUUCUUUAAGGACCACGUAGUCCCAGAGGGUGCUGUCGAGGGGGAGCUCUUCCCUCUGACACGGAGGGCCACAGAGAGUGUGGCUUUUCCACAGUAGACCCUCAUGUCCUGGUAAGACCAGGCCACCCACCCCGUGUCAUCUUUGCUCGUGGAAUCUCAGCAGAACCACCUGGCCUGGCAUUUUGAUUCGGAAAGCAGAGUGCAGAGGCCUGGCAGAAUCCAGCUUAUUUUAUUUUAUUUUUUUUACAAGAUGAAACAUAACCCAGGAAAUAGACCCAACUGAGAAUGUUCUCAGUGGAUCAUGGCAUGCUUUGUGUGUGUAAAAGCACAGAGCGCACGUCCACUCACUUCCGGCCACGCAGCACCCGCACAGGGAAGUGGAUCCAUUUUUUUUAAUCAACAUGAAUGAAGAAUGUUUGUUUAUAUAUCACUGUAAAAUCCAGGUGACCUGGACAGUAUUAUAUGUACAUAUCUAUUCUAAUUAGAUUUAACAAUCAAAGGAUUGGAUCAGUUUUUUCCCCAUGUAAAGAGGUUCAAGAAUGUGGUAAAUUGUAUAGAAAUCUGUUGAAGCCAAAAUCCAGCUCUGAGGGCCUUACACAAUUUCUUGGAUAUUUGGCAUGGUCAUUUCCCUUUGUGAGUCAGAUUUGUUAAGAGAGGAAAUUUACAUUUGCAGCUAGAGGUUACUGUCAAAUUGUAGAUUUAACAUUUAUCAUCUUAAAAGUACAAAGCUCACAGUCUUCAAAAGGAGUUUCUAGUUCCUUACUUCUGUUUUAAACUUUGGGUACCAAACCAAAAAGGGAAAAGAAAAGAAAGAAAGAGAUCUUCUCUGAAGAAAAGUAUGUCUUUGGACUUUGGACUCCUGGAAAAUACUGGUGUCCAAAGCAAGCUGCGAAGAUCAAACGCUGCUGAGAGAAGACGUAGGGGGGCAGGCCUGGAACUCGGGAGGGCCGGUGGUAUGUGGUCGCAGACUCCGCAUCGCACGCUGCUAAACUUCCCAGCCAGCUGGAGCGAGCGGGCGCUCGCAGGGUCGUUGUGAAGUUGUGGGGUUUCCUCGUUUCUGUUUUAACUCAGCUGGCCCCAGGAUGGCGCUGUUGGUGGUGGCAGUGGGGGCGUGGCGGUAGGGCUGUCAGAGCCCGUGGUUCCGGACCCUACCUCCUAGGUGCAUUCUUUUUUCUUUGAUGUCUCACGAGUUAUUCAACUGUUGAGUGAAACUAUAAAUAUGUUAAUACCAGCUUUUUCCAAUAAAAUAACAAACGUUCCGUCUGCA